GCAUACUUGCUUGUGAUUGGCUCUUUAAAUGAAUGACAACAGAAAUGGUCCAAUCAGAGCUUGUUGCUAAGGCAAUUCCGUCGCAUGUGAGUGGGAUUUUAUGAAUUAUGCAAAUUUGAGCAGUUGUUCCUCUCCUCGGAUGAGAGGCUAGAUCCAGGAUAGCCGAGGAGUUCUGUUGUUCUUAAUAUAGGCUAACAUAAGCUUUUUUUGUCGUUGCUACGGAAUAUAUCAGACGAGAAUGACUCGUUUUGUUUUGCGUGAUUAGAUGGCGGCGCUACAUCUCUGAAUUAGGAUGUUAUAGGCCAGGAAGUUAAGAAAAGCCGGUAGUGUUUAAGUGCAGCAAACAGUUUUGCCGGUCAGGGCUGCUCUUUGUCUGACACAGAGAGUAGUCAACGCGUGCUCUUUUGUUUGGGGGUUUGUCAUUGUUUAACUGCAAACGGGCGAUCUUUGUUAUCGUUUAGGCCUCCCGAGGUUGAAAUAUUUGUUUUGAAACAUGCACCACAUGAAGAAAUAUUUCACCGAGGGACUCAUUCAGUUUACGAUUCUGCUGAGUUUGAUAGGAGUUCGUGUGGAUGUCGACACCUAUUUGAGCGGCUACUUCUCGCCGUUGAUAGAAACAGACGGAGGGCCGAGCUCGGCUUUCAUACAGACCCCGUUUCACCACUACCGGGACACAGCGGCGGGCCAUCAGGUGCAUCCGAAAUGUCCCGAGCUGGACUAUUUUUUCACCAGCCGCAGGCUCUUGAAUGAAGUGCGCGCGCUCGGGUCCCCGGCCCGCUUCCCCACGCGUGUCAGCGCAUGGCUGGUGCACCUGGUGCCUGAUGAUGGCUCUGAUGCAGGUGAGGCACACGACCUGUCGGGGGACCCUGGUGAUGAAGAGGUAAAUGCCGAAAAUCACCGGGAAGUGGAUAAUGAGCACAGGGCUGGAGAGGGCUUCGGUGUGUCAGUUUCUCAGGACCUCACUGUUUCCAGGCCUCGCUGUGCACCAGCAGGACUUUCCAAAGAGGAAACUUCACUAGACCAAGUGAAUGAGGAAGAGGAGGUGAAAGACGAGAGAGGGCAGGAGGACACCUGCCCUGCUACGCUGAACCAGCUGACUCAGAGUUCUGCGUUAGAGCAGGAGGAUUUGCUGGGAAGUAGGACCCUUCCUCCACCUCUUUCUGGGCUUGAGCUUCCUCCACAGUGGCAUGACUUCCUCUCUGAAUUUGAUGAUUUGGACUCCAUAGUCCCCCAACGCAUGUCAGACUUAGAAGCUGAGCUUCCUAAUCCCAUCAGCUAUGACGUAAGCCUUCAAGAUGCAAUGGUAACAGGAGGAGAGUCAGUUAAUAGCAGGCCUACAUCUUUCCGAACACCCCUCUUUCGUCUGGAGUCCACAAACUCUUCUCACUCAGACCCAUCUCAGAGCUCAGCAGGGGCACUUCCUUCAAUGCUCUUCUCUUUGUCUGGGAACAGCUCUCGUAAUGAAACCUCACCUUCGCAGAUGGGAGGCUAUCUAGAUGAGGCUGUUUUUGACCACAUCAAUAUGUUGGAUCUAGAUAAUCUUGGUACAAUCGACCCUCAAAUGCUGGGCGGCAUGCAAGGGGACAUGGACACUCCAUGGCCUGAGGAUUCAGAUUCUGGCCUGUCUUUGGAGAGCAGUUCAAGGAGCCCCACAUCCCUGUCUACAUCAUCCGAUUCAUUUUGCGAGGAUGAAGGUGGAGCUACAGGCUAUAGCAGUGAAGUGGAGUCUCUUUCGCCGAAAGGCGGAGCUUGUGCAGCCGCUUAUCGUGAUUGGUCACCUGUAAACCUCAUGGAAAACAUCUGGAACGAUCAUUCCUAUUCAGCCCAUCAAGUGCAAAAUUCUACGCCAUCUAGCUGGUUCACAGCAAUCAAACAGGAAGUGAUGAGCGAAGAUGAGGCUGAACCAGAAGAGAUGAGUCGUGACGAACAUCGGGUGCAGGCGUUGGGUCUUCCGUUUUCAGCCUUUCAGAUUGUCAACAUGCCUGUAGAAAACUUCCUGGAGCUGCUGGACAGCCAGAAUCUGUCAGGAUCAGAAGUCUCUCUCUUGCGUGACGUGCGCAGACGAGGUAAAAACAAGCUUGCUGCGCAGAAUUGCCGCAAGAGGAAGCUGGAUGCGAUCCUGACCCUGCAGGAUGAGGUCGAGGGCCUGUCGGUGCAGCGGGAUGCUCUUCUACGCCAGAGAUCCCACACAGCCAAAGCACUUUCUGCUGCUGCAGAGCGGUUCGAAAUGCUCUCGCAGACUGUGUUGAGCCAACUUCGGGAUGAAUAUGGACAUCCCCUGAACCCUGAGCACUACAGACUGCACUGCAGUGCUAACGGACGGGUGAUGGUUCAGCCUCGCACAAACACAACGUCAAGGACAAUGACAAGUAGCAAGAUGGUGAAAAGAAAGAAGGACAAGAAACCCUAAAGACUUUUUGAGUGUGUGUGUGUCUGUGUGUGUG